AUGGAGCCCCGCUUCAGUUCUGCAGUGUUCCUGAUCCUUUCCUCCUGGCUUUGGAAUGCAGAAUGUCGAGAUUAUAACCAGAUCCUCAAAGUGCUAAAUGGAGAACGGUUUGGAAAAUGGGGAGAAAUAGCCAUGUGUCCACAAGGCUAUGCAGAUGGAUUCUCCUUGAAGGUUCAGCCAUCUCAAGGUUUAGGGGCAGAUGACUCCGCUCUUAAUGGCAUCCGUCUUCACUGUUCAGAUGGUAAAGAAAUUGAGUCUACUACUGGAGAUGCUGGAGAUUGGGGAAAGGUUGUGAAGUGUUCCAGUGGCAAUUUAAUGUCCUUCGCUCUCCGGGUGGAAAAAUAUCUAGGAGCGGCUGAUGAUACAGCAGCCAAUAAUAUUAAGUUCACUUGCCAAGAUCAGAAAGUGCUAAAAACUUCUUCAACUACUUGGGGUAAAUAUGGUGAAUGGAGCGAAUCCUGCAAAACCGGGGCCCUAUGUGGUAUCAAGACCAAGGUUGAGCCUUCUAGCACUUCAAAGUUUAAAGAUAACACAGGGCUUAAUGAUGUGCAGUUUGUCUGUUGUGAUUGAAACCCAGAGGAUUCAUCAUACAACUAUCUCCAUUUUAAACUUUGUUGAUGUGUUACUGAACUACAU